CGCUCGCCCGCUGACAGCGAGGCUUUGGGCGGAGGAAGCGGGUCGGUUGGUCGGUCGGGAACGAGGCUCCGGCGGCCAGGACCGCGCGGAGCCGUUGCCAUGGCAGCCGCCGCCGGGGGCGCGGAUGACGAGCCGCGCUCGGGCCGCUCGAGCUCGGAGGGCGAGUGCGCCGUGGCGCCGGAGCCGCUGACGGGCCCCGAGGGCCUCUUUUCCUUCGCGGACUUCGGCUCCGCGCUGGGCGGCGGCGCGGGCCUCCCGGGCCGGGCAUCUGGCGGGGCCCAGUCCCCGCUGCGCUACCUCCAUGUCCUGUGGCAGCAGGACGCGGAGCCCCGCGAUGAGCUGCGCUGUAAGAUCCCCGCCGGGCGGCUGAGGCGCGCCGCCAGGCCCCACCGGCGGCUCGGGCCCACGGGCAAGGAGGUGCACGCUCUGAAGAGGCUGAGGGACUCGGCCAAUGCCAACGAUGUGGAAACAGUGCAGCAGCUUCUGGAAGAUGGCGCCGAUCCCUGCGCAGCUGACGACAAGGGCCGCACAGCUCUGCACUUCGCCUCCUGCAAUGGCAACGACCAGAUCGUGCAGCUGCUCCUGGACCAUGGGGCUGAUCCCAACCAGCGAGAUGGGCUGGGGAACACGCCACUGCACCUGGCGGCCUGCACCAACCAUGUCCCUGUCAUCACUACCUUGCUACGAGGAGGGGCCCGCGUGGAUGCCCUGGACCGGGCUGGCCGCACGCCCCUGCACCUGGCCAAGUCGAAGCUGAACAUCCUGCAGGAAGGCCACUCCCAGUGCCUGGAGGCUGUGCGGCUGGAGGUGAAGCAGAUCAUCCAGAUGCUAAGGGAGUACCUGGAGCGCCUGGGGCGGCACGAGCAGCGGGAUCGGCUGGACAGCCUCUGCACCCGCCUCCAGAUGACGAGCACCAGAGAGCAGGUGGAUGAAGUGACUGACCUCCUGGCCAGCUUCACGUCCCUCAGCUUGCAGAUGCAGAACAUGGAGAAGAGGUAGCAAGAGAGGCUGCCUGCCUUCCCGCUCUGCUGCUGCCCCGCCCCUGUCCCCACCGCUCUCUCGGUACCAAGAAAAAGCCCAGUGCCUGGGACUUUGGAGCUGCACUUAUCUGGUGAGGCCCUUGCCCCCAGAUGCCACAGAGCAGAGAUGCUCUCUCACCAACUUCAGAGCCACUCCCAGCCACGGCCUGUACCAUCUCUGUAGGCCGGGACCACACCCCCAGCUUCUUCCUCUGCUCCCAUGGCAC